AUGCACUUGACUAGUAGCGCUGUGCGGCUGGUGUUGGCCGUUCUCUUAUGGGCAGUGAUGCUCUGUGAGGCGCUGACUCUUGCGGCCGCUGCAGCAACACGGGUGCUACCCCUCGAGAAACGCCACCAGAAAGUUGCCGAAGUGCGGCCCGCUUUGCUCAAGUACCAGCACGUGCGGGCCGGGCUCGAGGGUGCGCUUGGUUCGAGUGCAGGCGGAGCGAACUUUGCUCCAGCGGUGCAGCGGGCCUCUGCGGCUGCGGUAUUCCGCGCUGGCGCCGUUGAGCCGCUACACGGCGAGCUUCUUCCACUUGGUGAAUACUACGCCCGGUUGGGUGUAGAUGGUCAGGAGAUUGGCGUUCAGAUUGACACGGGGAGCGCCAACCUGGCCUUCGCAGUGUCACGAUGCCUAGACUGUCCGCGGAGUGACGGCAUUAUACGAUUAUCGGACUGGAAUGCCACCAGGGUUCCCUGCAGCGACUCCAGCGUGUGUCUAUCGGGGACUUGCAGCGCGCUCUGUGGAGCAUGCUCUCGCAGGAACGAAGCAUGCUGCUCGUUUCUUGAUCCUGAAAGCUGCGGCAUGAUAUUGUCGUAUGCGGACGGUUCCUACGUGUUUGGAGCGUUGCAUCAAGGCCCUGUGAGUUUGCCCGGUGCAGGGCUGAGCGUUCGAAAAGCAUUUUACACGGCGAUUUUGUAUGACUCUCCAACGUUCGAACGGCGCAAUGUGGGUGGCAUUUGGGGGCUCGCAUUCCAGGAAGCAGCAUGCUCUCCAUCAUGCCCGAAACCGCUGUUCGACAUCAUGUUCGAGGAGGGCGUGGUUGCGAGGAAUAUCUUUAGUAUUUGCCUAUCGGAUACCGGUGGCGCUCUCAUUCUCGGCGCAGAGGCGGACACGCGUUUUCGACGGGGACCCUACUCUUGGGUACGGUAUCUUCCUCGGAGCCUUGUCCCAUAUUAUGCAGCCAGCGUCAAGGAGUUCCGUGUUGGCCCAAAUGGAUCCAACUUGCGCUCAUAUGCCGAUCCAGUGGUCUUCGACUCUGGCACAACGCUUAUGGCGUUAGGUGGCGAAGCAUUCACCAAAGUGAUUCAGGAAAUCAAGUCAGUUGUCUGUGCAGCUGACGCCCACCUGUGCCAUAGCAGGUUCUGGUCGGAGGCACCUAGCUGUACGCUCCUCUCGGAUGCCGCAUACCGUAGUUUCCCGGACAUAACAAUAAGAUUCGACAGUGACGCGACGCUGAACAUCUCGCGCGACACAUAUCUAAUAAGAGUGGAACUCGCUGGAGAGCUGUACUAUUGCUUGGGCCUAGAGGUUCUCUCGCCCACAGGUGCACUUGUUGUGAUUGGCGACCUUGUCCUCCGGCGUUUUACAACUGUCUUUAAUCGCGAGAAUUCGUCCAUAGGCUUCGCGCCCUCUGUUCCGGGAUGUGGACAGUGA